AUGACGUGUGCUUCAAAUGUUAGAGAUAAAGAAAACCCAGAGCUGUGCUCAAAAUUAUCGCAAAUAAUAUAAAGUGUGAAACGUGUUUAAUUUUUAUUUGUCCAACUAUGAACACAAUUAUGUGUGAGUGAGUGUAUUUGUUCAUGUAGUUGAGUAAAAACCCAUUUGAACAAAACAUUUCUACACUUGAUUACAUUUUGCAUUGACGACAAUAAAGUAGUGUGCAAGUAUUGCAUUUUAUUUAUUUCAGUUUUUGUGCCCGGUUAAAUCAUUUGAAUUAUAGCCGUUUUUUCGGUGACAACGUUUACUUUGUUAAAAUUUUAAAUUUCUGUUGAACCGUCUAUAAUCAAAAUGAGAAAAUUUAUUGCCUAUUCAUCGGUCAUAGCAUUUAUUUUGUUAAAAUGUUCAUUGAUUUCCGCACAAAUGGAUUAUCCACCUGUUUUGGAUGAAACACUCAAAAUCACCGAUUCAAGAGCAGUGAAAUGUUUAGUUUGCAAGGCAACAUUAGACGAAAUGCUGUCGACUGUAAAUAAAGUUGAUCCAAAGAAAACGGUCGAAAUUGGUGGUUAUCGUUUGGAUUCAAAGGGAAAUGCCCUAAAAAAAGUCGUAAAACUCUCAAAAUCCGAGACAUAUUUGACUGAAUUAAUGGAAAAUAUUUGUGAUAAGAUGGACGACUACGCAAAGGCACGAUUCAAGACGAAUGGUACACUGACUUUAAUAAAAAUGACUACACCAGACGGUGGCAUGAAUCCAAACAUGAGCUUGGUUGAUUUUAUUCAAGAUGGUGAUUUGAACAAGAGCUUGAAACAUUUUUGCUUGGAGGUUUUAGAAGAUAAUGAAGAUGAUGUACUUAAGUCGCUGAUGCAAGAGAAAAUUUCCGAUGACAUUGACAUUGAAGUGUGUACAGUAGCGGCCAAAUACUGUGAUGACGUGUUACCAGAAAAUGACUAUGUACUUGAAGAACAUGAAGAGCUUUGAACGCAACAUAUGCCUACACACCAUUGCUGCAAAGACACUUAGUUAUUAGCGCCAUCUAGUUCGUGCGAGAAAAAAUCUUCACAUUUCACACACGUACUAUUGAGUUACUUCACUAUGCAAUACAGUGAGGGCGCCAGUGAUACGUGUUUUGCAGCAACCCAGUGUAUGCCUAUAACAUACAUGUAUCAUUAAAUUCCAUCCAACUGAAUCGAUCAAAAUGUUAAAUUUUAAAGAAAACGGUUCAUACAAUAUUCUAAACAUUAAAGUAAAUGCAAUUAUUAUGUAUGUGAAACAAAUGAAUGACACAAUGAACGAUUUUUUUAAAAAUAAAAACUAGGGCGCACAAUGUGCUUUAAUUUAAAUUAAAAAA